CUGUUGAAGAUCUCAAAACAAUGAACUAAACCGACGGCCGGAUAAAGCUUCAAGCACAAAGGAAUCAACAAAUUUUCUGUUAAAGAUCUGCAUCAAUCCAGUCCCUGCUCUACGCCAUGCCAUUGUCGUCGUCGAAUAGGUGACCUGAGAAUCCUUCAUCCCCUCUGACAUGUCUUUAUUCAACAUCUUCAAGGAGCCCAUCAAAGCUCCACCGGUCACCAAAACCUCAUUCGUCCAACAAAUCGAAAAAGCCGGGCUGCUUGUAACAACAGAAUUGAACAACGCGUUGGAAGAAUGCCAGGCAAAGGUUACGAGGAUUUCACGAGAUUGCAGGAUGAUGAAUCGCAAGCACAGAGACACCGAAUUUGACCUCGAAAACGACCGUCAGCGCUGUCUCCACGGUCUCUCCGGCCCAGAGUCAUGCGGGCCAAACAACUUUUCAGAUAUCAAUUAUACACCUUCAGACGUUCAACGCGUCACUCAAAUAUUCGAUAAGCCUAAAUUCUUCAUCGAUGGCGCGAGUUCGAGCGAUAUUGUGCAAGGUGGCAUUGGAGACUGCUGGUUUGUAUCUGCUCUUGCGACAAUGGCCACUGCGGAAGGGCUUGUGGAGAAAUUUUGCGUCGCGAGAGACGAAGAGGUCGGUGUAUACGGCUUCAUUUUCUUCCGCGAUGCGAGCUGGGUGACGGUCAUUAUUGACGACUUUCUGUACACCUCAAUCCCAAAAUACGAAGAAUUAAAUUCCGCCGAGAAAGUUCUGUAUCAUAAUAGUAAAGACACGUACAACUCUACCGCUCGUAAAGGGGGGAAAGGUCUUUACUUUGCAAGAUCCGGAACCCCAGGAGAAACUUGGGUUCCGCUCAUAGAGAAAGCGUAUGCCAAACUUCACGGCAGCUAUGCGGCCCUGUCCGGUGGAGAUGCGUGUGAGGCUAUCGAGGAUUUGACGGGCGGUGUUUCGACAUUUAUUCCUGCGAAUGACAUUUUCAAUAUUGACCGCUUCUGGAACGAAGAAUUGCUUAAAGCAAACCAGGACCGAUUGUUUGGCUGUUCCUACCAAGGUCUGGACACCUCUCGGAGCGGGGACUUUGAUGCAAAAAUCAGCGGCCUCAUUGGUAAUCAUGCCUAUUCCGUCCUACGAGCAAUCGAAGUCAAAGGGAAGCGUUUUGUGGUUAUACGAAAUCCAUGGGGACAGUCUGAGUGGACAGGUCCAUGGUCAGAUGGAUCGAAAGAAUGGACGAAAGAGUGGUUGGAUCUGCUGCCUGAGAUUGGUCAUUCGUUCGGAGACGAUGGGCAGUUCGUUAUGGAGUACAAAGACUUUCUUGAAAGCUGGGAAAUGCUUGACCGAACGCUACUGUUCGAUUCUUCGUGGAUCAUGUCUUUCCAAUGGUUGCAUGUCACGACGAAGCCCCUUCCUACUGCGUGGACUUUCGGAGAUGUAUCUUUUACUUUCUCUCUUCCAAAGGCAUCUCCAGCCAUGAUUGUUCUUUCUCAACUCGACACCAGGUUCUUCGAAGAAAUUUCGGGCCGCUACUUCUGGACAUUUGAAUUCGUAGUAUUCAAGAAGGGAGAGAAGGAAUAUUUAGCACAUUCUGGUCCGUCCAGGGUCUGGCGUCGUAGUGUUAACCUGGAAGUGAAUCUCGAGGCAGGAGAUUAUGUUGCCCAUGUGAGACUGGAUCGACAUACUCGCUCUCCUAGCCGUGAAUCGGUAUACUGAUUUUCUUUCAUCAUCUAAUAUCACUUACCAAUUUACAUCUCUGUAUCGUCU